UCAGUCCGUUGACAGAAACGAAGGUGGAAUGACUUUGAUCGCUUUGUUCAUCGUUUGCCUGGCAGUAAUUGCUGUCCAGGGGGAAGUACCAAUAGUGACGAGAGCCGAAUGGAACGCCACCCAUCCGAAUGGUCCACUGGAUAGCAUGGAAACGCCCUUGCCCCGAGCUGUGAUUGCCCAUACCGCUGGAGGUGGUUGUACGGAUGAUGUGACAUGCUCCCAGGCGAUGCGCAAUCUGCAGAGCUAUCAGAUGAACAGGCUGAAGUUCUCCGAUAUAGGAUAUCACUAUUUGAUUGGAGGUAAUGGCAAGGUGUACGAGGGCAGGAGUCCAAACCAGAAGGGAGCCUUUGCUGCACCCAAUAACGAUGGUUCCCUGGGCAUCGCUUUCAUAGGUAACUUCGAGGAACAAUCGCCCACUCAAGAGGCUUUAAAUGUCGCCAAUAAGCUCCUGGAACAUGCCGUGAAACAAGCUCAAAUAUUGGAAGACUAUAAACUAAUGGGCCACAGUCAAGUCAGUGCCACCAGAAGUCCUGGGAAAGUUCUCUACUCUAUCAUACAACAAUGGCCCAAUUGGUCUGAACAAAUAUAAGAAUAUUAAGGUUUCGACACGUAAAGACCACUCCUUACACAUUUAUUUGUAAAUAUAAUUAUGUAUAAUUUGUUUUUUGCUUAAAUACGAAUACUAAAAUUUUAA